AUGGCCCAAGUUCAGGUUCCAGCUCGGUCUCUGAAUGGUGGAGCCAACCAGUUCGCUAAGACAUCGCUCUACGUCGGUGACCUCAACUUCGACGUCACCGACACCCAUCUGUUCCUUCUGUUCAAUCGGGUCGGCCAGGUGGCCUCAGCUAGGGUCUGCAUGGAUUGGGCCAGUCGCAGUUCGCUUGGUUAUGGAUUUGUUAACUACAAAUACCCGGGCGAUGCUGCUAGGGCACUGAAGAUGCUGAACUACACUCCUAUCAAUGGGAAGCCGAUUAGGAUUAUGUACUCUCAGUGCGACCCGAGCAUCCGCAAGAGUAGUGCUGGCAACAUAUUCAUUAAGAAUCUCGAUGAGUCAAUCGACAACAAAUCAUUGCAUGAGAUUUUUUCGACUUUCGGGACUAUUCUGUCAUGCAAAGUCGCCAUGGAUCCCUCUGGUCGGUCUAAGGGCCAUGGUUUUGUCCGCUAUGAUAAUGAAGAAUCAGCACAGAAGGCCAUAGAGAAGCUGAAUGGAAUGUUAAUCAAUGAUGAGCAAGUCUUUGUGGGACCUUUCCUCCGCAUCGAGGAAAGAGAAUCUGCCUUGAACGAGACAACGUCAUUCAACAAAGUCUAUGUGAAGAAUCUCUCCGAGGCAACAACAGAGGAUGGCUUGAAAAAGAUUUUUGGGCAGUUUGGGCCGACCACUAGUUUGGUCGUGAUGAGAGAUGCUAAUGGGAAAUCAAAAUGCUUUGGAUUUGUCAAUUUUAAGCAAGCAGAUGAUGCUGCUAGAGCUGUGGAGGCUCUUAAUGGGAAGAAGUUUGAUGAUAAGGAAUGGUACGUAGGCAAAGCUCAGAAAAAAUCAGAACGAGUGAUCGAGCUGAGACGCAAAUUUGAGCAGAGUCGGAAGGAGGCAGCCGACGAAUUCCAAGGAGCUAACUUAUAUGUCAAGAAUUUAGAUGAUAGUAUAGAUGAUGAAAAGCUUAAGGAGCUGUUCUCUCCUUUUGGUACCAUCAAAGCUUGCAAGGUUCUGCGACUGCCUGACGGGGUAAGCAGAGGAUCAGGUUUUGUUGCAUUCUCAACUCCUGAGGAGGCGUCGAAAGCUCUCUCGGAGAUGCUGAAUAAAAUGGUGUUGAGCAAGCCAAUAUAUGUUGCACAUGCACAGAGUAAGGAAGAUAGGAAAGCCAAAUUAUUAGAGGCUCAAAUUUCUCAAAUGAGGCCCGUUUCAAUGGCUUCAGUUGGUCCUCGCGUUCCGAUGUAUCCUCCUAGGCUUGAUUAUCAGCGGCAACUUGUUGCCAGUAUAAGGCCCAGUGCUGCUUUCAUGCCGAACUUCAACGUGCCAAUGGUCCAACAGGGGCGGCAAGGUGGAAGAUGCGCUGGGAUACCGCAGCAAACCCAGCAACCUAUGCCAGUGAUGCCGCAGAUGAUGUUUCCUAGGGACCUGGUAUACCGACACCCACCACCGCGUGGAAUGCCUCAUCUUCCGGAUGUAGGUGGCAGAAUGAUGUCCAUGCCGAUGCAGGAGCCAUCUCUAUCUCAGCCUGCUCCUGUUGGCACUCUGGGAAGUGCACUUGCGAAUGCUUCUAGAGAUAAGCAGCGGACGACGCUGGGUAACAGUCUCUACCCACUUGUCGAACAACUCCAGCCUAAUGCGGCCGCCAUGGUCACAGGAAUGCUCCUUGAGAUGGAUCAGGUUGAGGUCCUGCACUCGCUCGAGUCUCUGGAAGCGCUCAAAGAAAAGGUUGCUGAGGCCAUAGAGGUCCUGAGGAUCGCCGCACAGCAGCAGGCUAGUGAUGAUGCUGCCGAUCAGCUCGGCUCGCUGUCUCUAGAGUAA